GUUACGUGGCAGCUGCCGGUGCCCGCCAAUCCACGGCGCCCGCAUCAUCCCCCGCGGGUGGCGCAGCCGGAAGGGGCGGAGCUAAGGCAGCGGCGGCUGUGGAGGCAGCGGUGGCGGCGGCGGCGGCGGCUCUGGAGGCCGCGGUCCGGGUCCUGGCUUUGGCCCCAGCCCCACCAUGGUGACGGUCGCUGAGCUCCUGGUGCUCCUGGCCGCUCUUCUGGCCACGGCCUCGGGCUACUUCGUCAGCAUCGACGCGCACGCCGAGGAGUGCUUCUUCGAGCGGGUCACCUCGGGCACUAAGAUGGGCCUCAUCUUCGAGGUGGCGGAGGGCGGCUUCCUGGACAUCGACGUGGAGAUUACAGGACCUGACAAUAAAGGAAUUUAUAAAGGAGACCGAGAGUCCAGUGGGAAGUACACAUUUGCUGCUCACAUGGAUGGAACAUACAAGUUUUGUUUUAGUAAUAGGAUGUCUACCAUGACUCCCAAAAUAGUGAUGUUCACCAUUGACAUUGGGGAGGCUCCAAAAGGACAAGACAUGGAAACAGAAGCUCACCAGAACAAGCUAGAAGAAAUGAUUAAUGAACUGGCAGUGGCAAUGACAGCUGUAAAGCACGAACAGGAGUACAUGGAAGUCCGGGAGAGGAUACACAGAGCCAUCAAUGACAACACAAACAGCAGAGUGGUCCUUUGGUCCUUCUUUGAAGCUCUUGUUCUAGUUGCCAUGACAUUGGGACAGAUCUACUACCUGAAGAGAUUUUUUGAAGUCCGGAGGGUUGUUUAAAAGGCCUUUUCCUGAUGAUCCCAAACUCACAAUUCACUUGUUUACCAAACAUCUUGGUCAUAAUAAUGUCAUUAGUUUCUACAUUUUUAUUUUCUGAACUGUACAUUCACAGCUUAUGUUUCUUUGUGAUUAAUAGAUUUUGGGGGAAAAACCUUAGGAAAGUUGUAGUGAAAAUUUGACAUUUGAUUGGCAUAAAAUUUCUUAUUUGAAUGUUGCCUCUAUCAUACAGGUCCUUCCAGAACUCAAACACUGUAAAUGAAAUAUAGGAGUAUAGUCUUUAUUAUGUCUUAUUUCCCUUUUGUAGUAAAUGCAGGAAAGCAACACAAAGCCUGAUGGUACUUUACUAAAAUGGCUGCAUUCUUUGGACUCCCUCAUCCUGUGGUUCAAGUUGUUAAAGUUUCAUUUUGUUGACUCAUGGAGUGAAGCAACGGUCUGAAUCUUGACAUUUUCUGCCCAGCCUAAUGGCAGUGCUGUCUGACUGGGGAGUAUACUAUCAGGCUGGGUGUGUUUAUAUUUGGUCUUUUUGUUUUGUUUUACACAUAAGACUUGCCCCAAAUUUUUACAUAUGACCUUAGGACUCAAAUCACCUCCACGAAAAUUGAUGACACAAGCAGCUAAUAAUCUUUUUUUUGUUUGUUUGUUUCCGCCUAACCUCAUAAGAAGUCUCUGAAAAGUCGAUUCUCUGGGUAUUUGAGCAAAUGCUAGCUUUUCUUUUCUGCACUGGCACAGCCCCUUUUUCACGCUUGGCACGUGGGAAGUGUUCAUUCACAUAAUUGGAAAAAAUCUGGGUUUCUGAUGCCAAAGGGUUAAAGCCUCUUGGGUUUCAUUGCAGUGAUAUACAGCCACUAUUUUUGAGAGUGGCCUUUGGGCCACUUUAAGACACUGAGUAUCAGUGUCAGCACUAGGGUUUUUGUUUUUGUUUCUCCUGGGUCUUUCUUUUUUGGUACAUGUGAAUUUCGUUUUAUAUAAAAUGAAAAGACUUUCUCUUGAUCUCUGAUGGGUUUAAAAUUAAAGGAGCAUCGGGUUUUGGUGUGGAAAUGAUCCAGGAUUAUGUUGUGACCGAUGUAUAUUAGUUACUUGUACAUUUUUUUUUUUUUUUUUUGAAUCUUUGCAAGGGGAAAACUACAAGUAACAAGUUUUAUAUAAUUAAUUUAAAUUUGUUACAGGUUUUCAUGUUCAGGACACAAUUUUUCAGCCUUGGGUGAAAAUACUUGCAACAGUUUAUCGAUAAGGUGACUGUGUUUCACCUUAGGACAACUGUUGCAUACCAAUUUGUUUCUUGUGUGUGUGAAAACACUUCAAAAUUGAAUUAAAAAAUGUAAAUUUAAAAUUGGUUGUGUAUCUAAUAUAUGCCCCAGGUUCAGUAAAUAAACAAUUCUUUUUAAAAACAGUA